GGGUUGGGGUCAAGAUUUUACCGUGCCCCUCAAAAAAUUUUACGGACCGGCCGCGUUUGCGGGGCCUGUUCGGGCGGGAUUUUCAGCGCCGACCCGCAUUUUAACGGUUAUUUUGCAGAUCGGAGCUUUUUGCAGGGUCUGCUAGAGACGCUCUUAGAAAGUUAUACUACGAACUGGUACUUUGAAGGAUCUACUAUUUGUAUCGUGAGUUUGUGACACAGAUGCUGAUAGGCUGCAGCAUAGGUUAUUUGAAGCAUAAAGUAGUUGUGCAUGGAUGGUUAUUCUUGUUGUAACACCCACUUGGAAGCUAUGCUUUAUCUGAACUGAUGGGUAAGACGGCAUUUCUGUUCUCUGCAUCUGCAAAGGUAGCACCUGGCAUCUCUUUAAAUACCUAAGAUAUCGUUUAUGUUAUACUAAGCAUAAUCUGUACCAUGGAUGUGAGAAAUUGAUGCCUUCCUUGCUCUCUUGUACUACUUCUUACUGCCGCAAAGCCAAGUCUGCAGUUUACAUCCCCUGAAAGCAAUGUCAGAGAACACCAUAGAGUUGUGCCAAAAAUGGGAUAGUCGAAUGCUCUAAUUUGAGAAUGGUCCCCUUCAAAAAUUUAUUUUAUCUGAGAUUGGUCAAUGUGGACUGGAAUGGUCAUAUCAUAGCCUGAUGCCUCGUGGAAGUGGGUAGAUAGAGCACGGGACAUGCAUGUACAGGACACUGGCUCAAUGCUCUUUUGGUUAUGGUGAUCAUUCUAUGGAAAAUGAGGAUUGGUUUAGACUGAUAAAUGAAGUUACCUUGUGUGAAAUUAAGGCAUGCACACCUACGAGUGUUCUUUUAUAGGCUCCUAGCAGCAUUUUCACUUGUGCGUGUCACUUGGAUUCUUACAUAAGGAUUGCAACAAGUGACAAGGAAAUCAAGAACAGCUCAAGACCAUGGAGGCACCGAGAAAUCACGGCGCGCCAUGCCUGCUCCUUCUGCUGGCACUAGCUGCCCAAUGGUGCAGUGUCUCGACGGCGAGCUGCAGCUUCACGAUAUCCAACUACUGCACUCACACCAUCUGGCCGGGGACGAUGGCCGGCGCGGGCACGCCGCAGCUGCCCACGACGGGGUUCAGGCUAGACCCCGGGCAGACCGUGCGGAUCCCGGCGCCGGCCGGUUGGUCCGGCCGGAUAUGGGCGCGCACGGGGUGCAACUUCAGCACCGACGGCUCAGGCGCGGCCGCCGGCGCGGUCGCGUGCCAGACCGGCGACUGCGGUGGUGGACACAUGGAGUGCGGCGGCACGGGCGGGAAGCCGCCAGCGACGCUCUUCGAGAUCACGCUGGGGAAGGGCGGCCCCGCCGACCAGGACUUCUAUGACGUGAGCCUCGUCGACGGGUACAACCUGCCCGUCGUCGCCGUCCCGCGGGCGCGGCAGGGCAGCUGCAAUGCCACCGGCUGCGCCGCCGACCUCAACCUCUCAUGUCCCAAGGAGCUGCAGGUGGCCGGCGGCAAUGGUGGCGGCCCGGUGGCAUGCCAGAGCGCGUGCGAGGCGUUCACGCAGGACAAGUACUGCUGCAGUGGCGCCUACGCGACGCCGGACACCUGCAGCCCGACGGCCUACUCGUCCGUCUUCAAGUCGGCGUGCCCGCGGGCCUACAGCUACGCCUACGACGACGGCAGCAGCCUCUUCACCUGCAACGCCGUCGACUACACCAUCGCGUUCUGCCUCCCUCCAGCCGGGUUGAACAUGCCUGCUGAUGCUAACGGUGCUCCUCCUGCUGACAACAAUGGUGGUGGAAGCGCAUACGUGCCGCCCCCGACAGGCAACAGCGGGGCUGGGAGCGUCUACCAGCCACCCCCUGCAGGUAACAAUGGUGCCGGAAGUGCCUACCAGCCGCCUCCAACAGGCAACAAUGGCGUCGGAAGUGCCUACCAGACACCUCCGACUGGCACCAAUGGCAUUGGAAGCACCUACGAGACACCCUUGGCUAGCAGCAAUGGCGUCGGAAGUGCCUUCCAGCCGCCCCUGACGGGCGACGACAAUGGCGUGAGAAGCGCCUACCAGCCGGGGAUGACCCCGUCGUCGGCGAGCACGCGAUACGGUCAGCUAUGGUUUCUGCUACCUGCAGCGCUCGUGUUCUUUAAAUGAUCAAUCUCCAUGAAAGGCCAGCCAGUGUUUCAUGUCGAGCCGGCCUUCGAGCUUCCGAAUACAUGAGGGAUUGGAUGAUCUUAGGCGCGGAAGAAAGAAGAGGCUCGAAGCAGAGUACAUCCAAGCAUAGAUCUUGUAGGAGUUUCUGACAGAUUCACAGUAGUCGCAACUUAAAACCCUCCUGUAUUCAGUAACUAGAUAGUACUGGUGGUGCAGAUUGGGGGAGAUGUAAAUAUUGGCUUCUUUCAUGUAGACCAACAAUGAAAUCUACUCCAGUAGUACAAAUUGUAUACUCAUUAAUUCCAUUAUUAAUAAGGAAUGGUAUACUCAUUAAUUCCAUUAUUAA